AUGACCGAUAGCACCUUAUUACCGUCCACAACUGUGGAAAGUGACAAUGAGAUCAACUUCAUCCCACCCAGCUCUACAGGCCAUGCACCCCACGCUCGAACCUCGAUCGCUCCUUCAGCGCUAGCAAGCGCAUCGGUGAGCGGUCCCAGCGGCGAUCAGGCCAACACGGUCCAGACUGAAACCAAAAACACCAGCCUCAAAGAGUCCUGGACCAACUGGAAGCGGGGUCUCUCUGACCGUUUCUCCAAAUCACCUGUCGAACAAGUCAGGGCUUUCAAAUUACCUGAAAGCCCAUUGAACUUUGGGGGGUUUCGAUGUUACGCACUGAACAACAAGAAGUUUCUUGCGGCCCUGUCUCGAGCACUCAAUGAGGAGAGCGGGGGGUUCUCGAGGCUGAUCACUGAUGGACCCGAUGGAGGCAGAUGGAAGAUCAUGCACUGGCCGCAAGAUGCUUUCACAGCAAAGAAGCGAAGCAACAAGCACUGCUUUUCGGUACUCAAAGCGGAUGAAUCAUUCAACAAGGACACUACUAAGGGAAAAGCUCUUGUGGUCACCCAAAGAAGGAGCAGAGGACUUGCGUCAACCACAUGGCAGCGGAAAAUCAACCCAAGCAGAGGAUUACACGCAGUCUCAUCACAUCCUUCCAUGCUGGUCAAUGCAGAUCCGGCCAAUCUGUUCCCCCGGUUGAGGCGUAAAAAAUCCCCGCCCAACAUGCGUCUUUCUGCAACCUCUGACAUCGAGCUUCGAGACCUGCCUUCCAUUUCACGGACGUCGACCCGCACGCCAUCUGGACCAGACAAUCAAGCGGACAGUACAUCGACGGAGGGGGAUGAUGGAAUGACCUUGGCUCCAGUGAUCAGUCGAGCCAGUACAGAUCUCGCCGGCGCAAUAUCGACCACGAAUCCAGGAUCUACCGCCUCGAAAACAUCUUGGGGGGAACUUAUAUCCAGGCCACUCUGGAAUCUGCUCUUGAAAGAAGACGCAGGUCCGCUCCGAGCUAUCGAGCACCCGAAAUACAAAGAAACCGGAUGGACUUACUAUCGAGAGACACGAUUUUUGGCAGCUUUUUCUCGAGCCUUGAAUGAGCCCAAAGGAGGGUUCUCCAGGUUGUUCUCAGAUGCAUGCGAUUGGGACCGAUGGGAAAUGAUGCGCUGGCCUGAAAAAGAUCUCGCGACAGGAAAUCGAACAGGGAGGUAUUACUUCCUGGUUCGGAAAGAGGAUGAAAAAAUCGACGUGGAAACCGCCAAAGCUAGCGCUCUCAUCUGGUCGUAUAAGCAGGGCGAGAAAGAUUUGGACCGUCCGAUGAACAGCAAAUCACGAGUAUGCCAGAUCACGGACGGCACAACAUCAAUCAACCUCGUCAUUUUUGGCUCGAGGCAUGACGGCUAUACCAGCCGCUAUCCAAGCUUGACCACCGGAUUUACCUAUGGGAUGGACCUCACCAAGUUCUUUAUGUGUACUCGCACGACCUACAAUGAUGAUGGAGGAUUGAGUUGUGACCCCUUUAGGAUGUAG